GAGGAUAGCGUUAAAAGCGGGCGGUGAGGCGUUCACGGACGUGUUUUCCGCCAGCGCAGCUUCACCCAAACGUCGCUCCCAAGAUGGGGAACCCGAAGGUUUUCUUUGACAUCAGCAUCGACGGCGCGAACGCGGGCCGGAUCGUGAUGGAGCUGCGAGCCGACGUCGUCCCAAAGACUGCAGAAAACUUCCGAGCGUUGUGCACCGGAGAGAAAGGCUUCGGCUACAAAGGCUCCUCUUUCCAUCGCAUCAUCCCUAAGUUCAUGUGCCAGGGCGGAGACUUCACCAACCAUGACGGCACCGGAGGCAAGUCCAUCUACGGGGAGAAGUUCGCCGACGAGAACUUCCAGCUGAAGCACAAGGGGAUGGGGACGCUGUCCAUGGCCAACGCCGGCCCCAACACCAACGGCUCGCAGUUCUUCAUCUGCACGGCGUCCACCGACUGGCUGAACGGGAAACACGUGGUGUUCGGGAGCGUCCUGGAGGGCAUCGACGUCGUCAAGGCCAUGGAGAAGCACGGUACGAAGAGCGGCAGCCCCAAAGCCAAGGUCAUCAUCGCCGACUGUGGAGAGCUGCAGUAGAGGAACCGCCGCCGCUGACCUGGGCUCAGCUGUCAGAUGUUGUGUUUAGAGAAAUCUGAUCCACAUUUUGACCUGAAGUGUUUAGAUUUGUGUUUCUAAUAUUUUUACCUGUUAUGUUUUCCUGUAGAUUAUAUUUGUAAAAAGUGUUUAAUCCGAAUAGUGCUUGUUUCUGACCCGUUUCCUAUUCAAAGUCUAUGUUUGUGAUAUGAUAUAAAGGUCUGUGAAAUAUGAGGUGAAAA